CCGAGCGUGGCAUGCCUGUUGGAUUACAGCGACAAGCUUGGAGCAUUCCAGGGAUGUGAGGAAUCAGCCAUGAGAGAUGUCCUGAUAUACGUCCGACAUCGAUUUGUGCUUUGGCGAGAGGAUUGUACUGAUAGCAUGGCUGCAGACGUCUUGAAGAAAAGUACGUGCUUUCACACUACCAGUGGCACGGCGAUUCAAGCACAAAUGCCACAAUGCAGCAUGUAAGGUCGGCCUAAAUAUUAAGAAAGCAUGACAGCGGCAGCAAGUGACAGUAUUACCAUGAACUAUGAUCACCUGAGCGGUACUACCGCCACCUUCCUCCUGGAUAACGUCACCGACGCCAACUUCAGCCCCGAGGACGUCCUGGGCCCCCGUUACCACAAGAGAGCGCGCAUCGUCAUCAUCAUCAUCAUGAUUGUCACCUCUAUUGUGGGCAACAGCAUUGUCUGCUGGAAGCUCCUCGUUAAGCGACGUCAUCGUCGCGUUUCCAAGGCCAGGGUGCUCUUUCUUAAUCUGGCGAUUGCGGACCUCUUGGUGGCAUGCAUCACGAUGACGUCACAGGUUGUGUGGGAGGUGAUGGGCAGGGUAUGGAUUGCGGGCGACACCUUCUGCCGCUUCUUCAAGUUCCUACAGACGUUCGCGCUCGUAUCGUCCUCCUACAUGUUAGUGGCCAUCGCUCUGGACAGGCACAUCGCCAUCGCCACCCCUUUGGCACCCAGCCCUGAUCCGUGGAAGUUGGCGGCCAUCACGUGGUUUGCUUCUUGUAUACCCUCACUGCCAAACGUGUACGUGUUUCACAGCGUGGAGGUGGCACCGGGAAUGUGCUUCUGCGCGUCCAUAUUCUACGACCGCGACGUGCCGCUGUAUCACCGCCAGGUCUACAUGGCAUUUGUUUUCUUCAUGGUGUUUCUGGUUCCACUCGUACUGCUCGUGUCCUUCUAUACGGGCAUCCUUUGGGCCAUGUGGAAGCAUAGUUCUAGCAGCGGCAAAGUGGGUCAGCAAACGACUUCCUCCCUUCCGCGAGCGAAGGUUAAGACGCUCAAGCUGACCGCCGUCGUGUUCGGUGCCUUCCUCGUGACCAAUGUGCCCUAUAUGGUCCAGGAGGUCAUUCUGGCGUUCGGAAACCCUGAUAUUCUGAACGCGAACGUGGUAGCUUUGUCCGGCGUCAUUUCGGCUUCGAACAGCGCCAUCAACCCGUACAUCUUCCUGUACUUCCAGAAGAGCCAAGGAAGUAGAAGACCAGGCUUGUUGGGGUCUUUUCUAAAAGGUCUCCCGUGCUGUCACCGCCGGAUCGCACGUGUAGACAAUGGCACCCCGAAGACGGCAACAGUGACCGUCACUUACUCUGGUCGCCACUCACGGACGGUCACUACAGUGAACUCUGAAUCGUACUCGGGCCAAAGUCAGCCAUGAAGACAUUCUUUUCACGCGUAAAUGCCGACAACCUGCUGCACUGUGCCUGUGCUCAAUCAGUGUCUCCGGAAAGGCGCUAUACUGAUACCCUUUCUCGACAUGCUAACAUAUUUAUUGGAAGUUUAGUACUUUCUACAAGAAAAUACGGAGGGUUAUUCCUUUAUUUGUAAAUAUUUCACUAUAAGAAUGCGAUGGGUGUCUUGAAAGGUAUGCGAUUACUGUGUGUAUUCGUGACCACUGUGAAUGUUCUCUAUGUUGCCACUCUGGGCAGCAUAAGCGUAUGUGUUUUUGUUAAAGCGAUUUACGCUCUAAUUACGCUUGAACCAGGGUAGCAAGUGAAUAUCCUAGAAGAAAUUCCGCUGAUCAGGGACCAUGCUUUGCCGAUGUGGCUCAAAGCUUUUGUGGACACUAUCUGCAAGAAAAUGGACUGUACAUUAAGUGUAAGUGCCACUUUUUCUGCAGUAAUCACCAGAUUCUCCGCACAGAAAACCAUGAAUCGUCUGUAUUCGUUCGAACACUCAUAAAUAUCUGAAAAAUGAUUUGUUGCUGUGGUAAAAUGCAAUAAAAAUAAAC